UGUAGGAAGUUGUGUAAAUCGGAGGUUGCUCGGGUCAAAGGCCAUCUGUGUUAGGUGAUGUAUUAAAACUUUGUCCGGCUGGCCCGGGAAGACGGAAAGGUACGGCUGCGGCGGCCGGGGAGGUGAAACCAGCACAAAGAACAGGGCGACGGGAUGGCGACGAAGGCCCGUGUUUUGUACAACUUCGUAGCUGAACCUGGAAAUGAUGAACUGACAGUCAAUGAAGGAGAGGUCAUCACCAUAGCCAAUCGGAACAUAGGUGGUGGAUGGUGUGAAGCAACAAAUGCUCAGGGAGUGACGGGACUUGUUCCAACAGACUAUGUGGAGAUUAUUUCAGGAAGUGGAGCAGUACAGAGUCAAGCAAAUAAUCUUGCAGCGUUUGAUCCCUUCUCAACGUCUCAUGGUGGUGCAGGAUUCGGAAGUUCAUUUACCCCACAAAAUAAUAGUCAGGCACAGAACAUCACUGAUCCGUGGUCUAACUGGCAGACAAGCUCAGCUGGAAACUGGAACACAGAUAAUGAACGUAAUAGUGGAAAUGCCUGGCCGACAAAUACAGAGAGUUCUAAUGCACAGAGCAGUGGCAAUGGCGGUACAGGUGGCUACGGUCAUCCGCAGGCUUACCAGGGUCCAGGUGUUGUGGAUGAUGAUGAGUGGGAUGAGGAAUGGGAUGAGGCCAAGGUAUCUCCAAAUAUUCUUCCACGGACUGAAACGGAGUCACCGGAGACAGCUUUGGCUCGUGGAGGUCCUCGUAAUGCUUCAGUGAAGAUGUCACUCAACAGAUUUCCAACAUUUUCCAAACAUGGGCCUGAAGUCUACCUACUUUCAAAACAACCAUUAAAAACUGAUGAGAAGAUCAUAGUCCAUAAAGGUGAAGUUGGUCCUGUUUGGGAAUAUCCUGCAUCCUCUCUGAGCUGUGUGGUUGCUGAUCCAAAAAAAGGAUCUAAGCUUUAUGGAUUGAAGAGUUACAUUGAGUAUCAAGUAACUCCCAAUAACACUAAUCGAUCAGUCAACCACAGAUAUAAGCAUUUUGACUGGUUAUAUGAGCGUCUACUGAUCAAAUUUGGUUCAGCUAUUCCCAUUCCUUCACUUCCAGACAAGCAAGUUACAGGUCGGUUUGAAGAAGAAUUCAUCAAGAUGCGAAUGGAGAGAUUGCAGGGUUGGAUGAAUAGAAUGUGUCACCAUCCGAUCGUUUCAGAGAGUGAGCUCUUCCAGCUCUUUAUCACUUACCGAGAUGAAAAGGAAUGGAAAUUAGGCAAGCGAAAAACCGAAAAGGAUGAUGUUGUUGGUGUCAUGAUCUUUUCAACAGUGGAGCCACCAGCCGAGGACAUUGGCCUAUUGGAUGCGGAACAAAAGGUUGAAUUAUUUAGUAAAUUCACUAAGUCUAUGGAUGAUGGAGUCAAGGAUCUUCUCAAUGUGGGACAGGAGCAUUGGAAGAGGUGUACAGGGGCACUGCCUAAGGAGUAUCAGAAGAUAGGAAAAGCUCUGCAAAAUCUUUCACAGGUCUUCACGACCAGUGGUUUUGAAGGUGAAUCCAUUCUGACAGAUCCUUUAACUGAAGCAGGAAAGACUUAUGAAGAAAUAGCUAACCUCUUUGCAGAACAGCCCAAAAAAGAUCUGCAUUAUUUGAUGGAAACCAACCAGGAAUACAAAGGAUUAUUAGGAUGUUUCCCUGAUAUCAUUGGAGUGCACAAGGGUGCCAUAGAAAAAGCCAAAGAGGGUGACAAGUUGGUUGCCUUAAAUAAGAUAACAGCACAGGAAAAAAACACCAUGGUGAGUCGUAUUGGCACCAUGUCUUAUGCAUUACAAGCUGAGAUGAAUCACUUCCACAAUAAUCGGAUUUAUGAUUACAAUUCUGUAAUGCAACACUACUUACAGCAACAAGUCCAGUUUUAUGAGACAAUUGCAGCAAAACUGAAGCAAGCAUUGAGCCAUUUUACAGUGCAACAGUAAACCCUGCAAAGCAAUCAGCCUUAAUUGACCAGAUGGUGGAGGAAACCCAUGCUCUGAUGUGUGUCUAUGAAGGAAAAGCACAAGAAAGACAUCUCAAAUUCAGGUUUUGUUUGAGAUAAUGUUAAGCAUGCAAAACAGCUGUUUGGACCAUUUAUUGUUCUGUUGCUGCAAAACUGUUUCAUGACUUUGAGUAUAAACAUGGUGAACUUUUGUUACUAUGCAUUAUUCUUUGUCUCUUUCUUGUUUGUUCCUUUUCGGGACAAAUGCACAGUUGUAUUUUUGACCAGCAGUGACAUCAUUUUAGGAAUUAUUGUUGAUAUGAUGCCAUGGUAGCUGCUACUGCCUGUAUAAAUUUCAUUGUUGCAGAUUACUUUGGUUUCUAAGUGGGCUACAGGAUGAAGAAACGCUGCAUUUUGGGGUGGGGGGAUUAUUAUGAUAUUGAAGGCAAUAACAAUGGAACUUGGGAACUGAUUUUUGUUAUCCACACAAGUACUUUCUGAAGGCAUUCUUUCAAUUCAAAUGUGCUUUUUUUAUCUUUAAUACAUUUAAUAAAGUUUCAUGUCACUUAUGCAUUCUUUAAAGAAAGUGGGCAAGGACAAGACUAUUUUAAAAACAUUUGGAGCAGAUAGCAAAAAGAAAGCCAUUUAAAGAACGGAUUCCAAAAUGCCAGUAGAUGGAUGCAAUUCAGAUAUGAGUAGUGCAGCACAGACAUGGAAACAUUUGGAAGGAGAAACCUCUUGCAGUUAUUAAACUUCUUAUUGUUCAUUAUUUUGAUUUUUUUUUUCAAUUCAUACAGAUACCAAGAAUAUAUCAGACCUUGAAAAAUAUAUCUUAACAUUCCUGCCUAUGAACUUUGCCAUUUAUUCUUGACCAAAUUUUACCUGGGAUGUGGCUUUGGCGAUAGCAUUAGUAGAAGUGUCAAAGGUUAUACUCUGAGGUGCCACUCUGAAAAGCUUAAUGGGCAUAGUUGGUUUACAAUUUGGCUUUUGUACUGAAGUGUAUGUCAGAUUUUUUUUUUUACAAUAAUCACCAUCUUUAGCCUCCAUCAUUAUUGCUGCCUAAGCUACCAAACUACCAAAAAAUUGCUUUUAUAAUGUUAACCAUAUUUUAGCAAAAUGAUUGCUAUUCUUAACUGAUUAUCAGUUCUUCUUGAAAUCCAGCCCUCCAAAGUUCAGGGCUGGCAUAAACUUUAUAUAAAUGCAAAAAAAAUUCAAAGUCAUUCUGAAUAGAGCUAUUAAAUUACCUAGAGCCCUGCUUAAAUUUAAAAUGACUGCACAAAGAUAUCUGUAAUUAUACAGACAUACAUUUAUGAAUCUAAGAGGACUAUAAGAGCAUGUUUGCACCAAAGAUAACUAUUUAAUUUUGUAUUGACAUUAUUUUUGGAUGAUGAACUAAUAAAUGUUCUAUGCUUAUACAUUUUUGAUAUUUGAGUUUGUCAUGUUCAAGUGCUAAGCUGGGAGCAAGUAAAUUUGAAAUGUGGAAAAUGUUUUGUAAUAUAGGACAAAAGAAAACAUCUUUAUAUUGUCAGUGAUGAAGAAAAUUCUGUGCAUAAGAUGGUUAACUAGAAUAUUUUAAAAAAUAGAAAUAUUUGCACUCAAUUUUUGCCUUCUAUACUCAAUUUGGUGGAUGAAAAAUACAAAUGCAGUGGAUUCUGAUUAAUUGGACCAUCGGUUAAAUGGGGCUGCCACUUAUUUGGCCAACUCUUUAAGAACAAAAAAUAAUUGAGAAAAUAACUGGGAUUUCUUUCGUUCAUUUGAGGCACUAUGCCGUUUAGUUGGGACAGGAGACAGAUACCAAAUAGUUUCUAAUUAGCGCCGGUCGCAUGCACUUCUGUGGCCAUUAGACAUGGCACCAUCCUUAAAGCAAACAGGUUUUAAAUAGCAUCAAUUGCAUGUGCUUGUAUUCAAAAAGCAAUGAUUUCUGUCACAUUGUUGGCAAGAAAUAAGCAGAUAGACAAGUCAGAACUGUUUUUCUAACUGCAGUUUCAAGCAUUCAGGGUUGAAGAUUCCAGAUAUGCCCAGAAGUGAAAAUGAAACAAUUUCACUACUUUAACAAGUUAGGAACUAUGAAGAAUAAGAAGGCAUCAACAAUCAUCUUGAAUGUUACAAUGAAAAUGAACAUUUGGAAAAUGCAAUUGUCAGUAGCAUUGUAUGAACGCAGUCCAUUAUUUACACGGUGUGCUGAUUUUGUUCAUUUAUAGCCAAUCAAAACAACAUGGCAUUUUACUUAUGCUGAAUUCCUUCGACAAUAACUGUUAGGAACUAAUACAGUUUUAUAGUACUGUAGUAGUAUUGAUUGUGUUCUAAUUUGUUCUGUAUUUCAAUUGAAUAUAUAAUUUGUUACUCAGUUAAAUAGUUUGUCUUUUUUCAUACCUUUUUAAUUAUUUCUAUGGAAUGUUGGCUAAUUGGGGCAGCCACUUAAUAAAGCCAAAAUGUGCUGGUCCCGAUGUGUCCCAAUUAUCCGCAGUCUACUGUAUUAAAUUGUUGAGAUGUGUUAACUUUAUAUGAGAUUUGUUACAAGAUAUUACAUUAUUGGGGUGCUUUCUGUGCACAAAUUAUACAAAUGUAAAUUAUCUCUGUUAAUCCCAAUGUGAAAAUAUCUUGUUGAAAUUAAAUGUCAGAUUUAUCUUAAUCCUAUUAUAGCACAGAAUUUCUGCGAUGGAAGUUUAUACUUUAUCAGGAAUGCUGUAACGUCAAGUUCAGAGAACAGUAAAUCUCACAAAGCUUUACUUCUAAACACUGAAAUUCAUUGGCUAAGUGACUAGUUUAUAGCAAACAAGGGAAUUAGGAUUAAGAUUAGCUAUAUUUGUUGUAUAUUCAUCAAAACACAGUGAAAUGUGCACUUACGUCACAACCAACCCAGUCUGAGAACUGCCGGGAGCAGCCCUCAAGUUGUGCCAUGAUUUUUGGCAUCAAGAUAGCAUAGCCACAAUUUAUUAACUCAAUAUGCUUGUUUUGAAAUGUGGAAGGAAACCCACACAGUCAAUGGGGAGAAUAUACAGACAGUGACGGGAAUUGAACCCAAAUCUUCUGAUUGCAGAUGCUGUAAAGCAUUACAAGGACCACUAUGUAAUCAUGCUGUCCUUCUGGGAGACCUAAAGGCAGGUGGGGACACACCAUUUUGUCUGAUGAAUGAUUUAAGCCUGAGGAAAAGGAUGUGCUAUUGGAGUUGAGCAAUCUAAGUGAAUCUGUUAUUUUGUAUUUUAUAUUGUUACUGUACAAUUUUCAAAAUGAACUUCAGUAUAAAAUUGGUUUGUUUGAAAUGA